UGACAGUUUUCUGAUGCAGUAACGACUUCCCGGUUACAGAGAGAACGGACGCUGGGUUUUUAACGCAUAAGCAUUUUUGUUUAGGUAUGCGGAAAAUGCCACUAUCAGCUGAUUUUUUAUCAAACAAAAGGGUCAGCAGGCUACGCACAGUUUGUUAUUUAAUAUGGUGUAACUAGCUGAGUUGGCUAUUAUUAACUACUUCCUGGUUGGAAUCGCAGCCAUUUUGGAUUUUGUACUGAGCAACAACUAGCCGGCCGUGCUUCUGAGAGCCGUCUAAGCUAGCCACCGCUGCCGUUUCCACAUCAUCAUAUCAAACCUCCCCACGAGACGGCAACACAGUUUUCAACAAGUCCACAAUGAAUCCCGAAUAUGACUAUUUAUUCAAACUGCUCCUAAUUGGUGACUCUGGUGUUGGAAAAUCCUGUCUCCUGCUCCGAUUUGCGGACGAUACAUACACAGAAAGCUACAUCAGCACAAUUGGUGUGGACUUCAAAAUACGGACCAUAGAACUAGAUGGAAAGACCAUAAAACUUCAGAUUUGGGAUACAGCAGGCCAAGAAAGGUUUCGUACCAUCACUUCCAGUUACUACCGAGGCGCUCACGGUAUCAUUGUAGUGUAUGAUGUCACAGAUCAGGAGUCCUUCAAUAAUGUCAAACAAUGGCUACAGGAGAUUGACCGCUAUGCGAGUGAAAAUGUCAACAAGUUGUUGGUCGGCAACAAGUGUGACCUGACGACAAAGAAGGUGGUGGAUUACACAACAGCAAAGGAGUUCGCUGACUCUCUGGGUAUCCCGUUCUUGGAAACCAGUGCCAAGAAUGCCACAAAUGUGGAGCAGGCCUUCAUGACCAUGGCUGCAGAAAUUAAAAAGAGAAUGGGCCCUGGGGCUGCAGCCGGUGGUGGUGAGAAGCCCAAUGUGAAGCUGACACCUGGCACUACCGUCAAGCCUUCAUCAGGAGGUUGCUGCUGAGAACCAAACGACAGCCCCCCCUGCUCACCUGCCCUCGAUUCUGCAGGCCCGUGCGCCUGGCUGCCAUCUUCCUUGAAACUCAAGACCACAAUCCGACAGGGUAGGGUUGACACGAGUCACAUCUUUGUGAGAACAAGAUGAAGUUGCCUGUAUUUGUACAAUAAUGUAGCACACUACCAAAAACAAAUAAAGCAUUCGUCUUCUCACCCUAUGCUGGUAUUGAUGACAAAUUGUACAAAAGGUGAUCAUUUUACCUGACCUGGCCCAAUCAAGUUUGUCGCUGUCUGCUGAGCGUCGUUUCAUUCGUGAGAAUUAUGUGUAUGCGUGCGCGUGUGUAACACUGCAUUCCAUUUGGGGUUUGGUAACAAUCUGUUUCAUGAAUCUUUUUUUUUUUUUGUAUUGCCCCUUUUUUCGUUUUGGCUUCCUUUUAGUAAUUUCGUUCCUCGUGUGUUCUGUUCUGUCUUGAUAUGAAGGUUUUUUGUUUUUUUUAAAAAUUCAACAGUCACAGAAAUGUCUCACCAUUUAACAUCUCAGCUGUAACACUUAUCGACCUAAACAAGUGUAAAUGAAAACACACAUAGAAAAAAAGAUAA